CCCACUGAUGAUGUUCGCCCCAGUUCCUCGUCGUUGGAACUUGGUAGCCUGAAAGAGUUCACCGGGGUAUCCUACUACGCCCACGAUCCAGUCAUGUCGGAGAAUCUCGUCAAAGCGGGUCAUGUGAAGGGCACUAGUGACGACUUGGCGAGCUUUGAUCAAUCCGAUGAACCUCUUCACUGGCCACCUUCUCCCAUUCGUACCGUCUUGUUACAUCAACCGAGAAAGCCUACGUCGUCCAGCAAGAACCAUCAAUCCCUCAUAUCUCCACCGGCAGCACUCUCGUCUGAUAGCAUGCUGUACGGCUCGCACCAAAACCCAAAUGUUGGGGACCAGCUAUCCAACUCGUCCUCAUUCCCC